UUGGAAACUAUUAUAACCGGGUCGAGACUAGAAGCGGAUUCAAGAACUAACUAAAUCGAGAUUUAUUGACUUGAGAUUCAUUGUGAAAUUGAUGGAAACUCCAAUAUUGCCUAUAUUAAAUAAUUUGUAUUAAAUAUACUUCUUCCAAGAAGAGAAAUUAACAUUUCGAAAAAAUCAAAGCAUAAAAUUCAGUGGAAAAGGCAAAAAUGAGUAGUGUAGGUGAAGGGGUGUUUGGGGCGCCAUGAAAAAUAGUUGAAAGCACGAUAGGUGGGGGGCAAGUGUCGAAUGGAAGCUCAUCGGCCCCAGAGGGACGGGUCGGGGAAUACGAAAAGAAGAGCAUAUAGUACAAAGUACGGUGUGAAAGAGAGAGGUCUGCAGUACGGUAGUAACCACAGCCAAGGUGAACAGUUCGAGCCCCAAGUCCAUCUCCCCUCCCCCCACACAACCCCAACUGACUCAUAAAUGUGUUGUAUACGUGUGGGUUAGAUUGAGGUAGUGUUGGUUUGUACGAAAAAGCCGAAGUAGCCGAAGGUGAACGCCGAAUACAUCAGUGUUACCGAAGUACCCCGAACAUAAUACCGAGGCAGCGUGAGCAUCUAGUAACGCCGUUAAUGUCGCAUUUACCCGCCGUUUUUAUCCACGUUUGUCGUUGAAUUGUCAAUAAUUAGUGGUCUAAAUAACAAAUAAAGUGUAUCGUCGAUGGCGUCAGACGAGGAGGUAGAGGAGAGUUACGCAGGGGAAGAUGACGUGGAGGAGUCUAAUGCAACAGUAGCCAAUGUCGCUCAACCCCUCGACGGCUCGUCGGACGCUGAAGAAUCUCAAAGACUCGAGGAGGAUGAUGACUACGAGCCCGAAGAACGGAAAAAGAAGAAAGGAAAGAAGCGAAAAGCCAGGAGUGAGGAUAAAAAAGGCAAGAAGAAGAAAAAGAAGAAAAAAUCAGAUUCAGGAGAUGAGAGUGAUUACGGAGGUGGUGGUGAGGUCGUCGAUGGUGGUGGUGGUGGUGGUGGCGGUGAUGACAGUGACUACGCGAGCAAUCGUAAGAGUAGAAAAUCAUCGUCAAGAAAAUCGUCGAGUCACAGUGGCUCGACAGCCCAAGUUCAGGAGCCAACGACUGGAAUGCCAACGAUUGAGGAAGUUUGCAGUACAUUUGGCCUGACGGAUGUACCAAUUGAGUACACAGAUGCAGAUUUUCAGAAUCUCACGGCUUACAAAUUGUUCCAACAGCACGUGAGGCCAGCCCUGGCCAAAGAGAACCCAAAAGUCCCGAUGUCAAAGCUCAUGAUGCUGGUGGCAGCAAAAUGGCGUGACUUCCUGGUGCUAAAUCCCCAUACCCAACCGGACACCGAAGUCUCGAUGACAAAUGCAGAGGAAGAGAGCAGAAGUGCCAGAUCGAGUCGUGGUGCACCUGUUCAAGAGAUCGAUGACGAUGAGGAGGAGGAUGAGGACAGUGAUCGAAAGAGAAAAUCACGCGGUUCGAGAGCCAAGAAGGGGAAAAAGGCGUCAAAGGUGCCAACCCUGAAGAUCAAGCUGGGGAAACGAAAACGAGGAAGCUCCGACGAGGAGGCCGAAGGGAGCGUCGCAGGCUCUGACAGGGACUCCGACAUGGAAUUUGAGCAAAUGCUGGCUGAUGCUGAAGAGGCACCGGGCGGUGAGGGCGGAAGCACUAAGGGCCACGAGGAUGCGGCCCCUGAGGUGCCUGCUGAGCCACCCGUACGCAGGAAGGCUAAAACCAAGAUUGGAAAUAAAACUAAGAAGAAAAAGAAGACCAAGACAACCUCCAAGUUCCCAGAUGGCGAGCAGACCGAUCAUCAGGACUACUGCGAGGUGUGUCAGCAAGGUGGUGAGAUAAUCCUCUGUGACACGUGCCCGAGGGCAUACCAUUUAGUGUGUCUCGAGCCAGAGCUGGAGGAGACCCCCGAGGGAAAAUGGAGCUGUCCUCACUGCGAAGGCGAAGGUAUUUCAGGAGCCGCCGAGGAUGACGACGAGCACAUGGAAUUUUGUCGCGUCUGCAAGGACGGUGGAGAACUCCUCUGUUGUGACAGCUGUACAAGCGCUUAUCACACACAUUGUCUGAACCCACCCUUGUCCGAAAUCCCCGACGGUGAUUGGAAGUGUCCGAGAUGUUCUUGCCCUCCUCUAAUGGGUAGAGUGGCCAAGAUUUUAACCUGGAGAUGGAAAGAGAGUACAGAGAGUCCAUCGGAAGAGCCUUCUACCAGCAAAGCAGCCCCAAAGCCCCGACGAACUCGCCAGUUCUUUGUCAAAUGGGCGGAUAUGUCGUACUGGCACUGCGACUGGGUGACGGAACUCCAGCUGGAUGUAUUCCAUCCCCUCAUGUUCAGAAAUUACUCUCGUAAAUACGACAUGGACGAGCCUCCGAAGCUAGAGGAGCCACUCGAUGAGAGUGACAAUCGUGUGAAACGUCUGCUCGCUGUUGACAAUGCAGCAUCAAGUCGUGAUGAGACAGCCCUGGAGGAGAAAUUCUAUCGUUACGGAGUGCGUCCAGAGUGGCUGGUGGUCCAUAGAGUGAUAAAUCAUCGUUAUCAGAGAGAUGGCAGAGCGGCUUACCUCGUUAAAUGGCGAGAACUUGGGUACGAUCAGGCCACGUGGGAGAACGAGCACGAGGACAUUCCUGGGUUAAAGCAGGCCAUCGAUUAUUACCAGGAUUUGCGAGCUGCCAACAGUUUAGAGGGUACCACAUCGAGAAAAGGAAAGAAGGGUAAAGGAAAGAAGUCCAAGACACGUGAGCUCAUUGACGAUGAAGAGAGAGCUCCAAGACGUUACACCCCACCUCCUGACAAGCCCACAACAGACCUGAAGAAGAAAUACGAGAGACAGCCCGACUAUCUUGAUAUAACAGGGAUGCAACUCCAUCCCUAUCAGCUUGAGGGUCUCAACUGGCUGAGAUACUCGUGGGGACAAGGCAUCGAUACUAUUCUCGCUGAUGAAAUGGGUCUCGGAAAAACAAUUCAAACCAUCACUUUUCUGUAUUCACUCUACAAGGAGGGACACUGUAAGGGACCUUUCCUCGUCUCUGUUCCCCUAUCCACUAUUAUUAAUUGGGAGCGUGAGUUCGAGACAUGGGCCCCUGAUUUCUACUGUGUCACCUAUGUCGGUGAUAAAGACAGUCGAAUUGUCAUCCGAGAGAAUGAAUUGUCUUUUGAGGAGGGUGCUGUGCGUUCAGGUCGUGCCUCCAAGAUUCGCUCAUCACAGAUUAAAUUCAACGUCUUGCUGACCAGUUAUGAACUCAUCUCCAUUGAUUCUGCAUGCUUGGGAUCUAUUGACUGGGCUGUCCUCGUAGUAGACGAGGCCCACAGACUCAAGUCUAAUCAGUCCAAGUUCUUCAGGUUGUUGGCAUCAUAUAACAUUGCUUAUAAAUUGUUGCUCACUGGUACACCUCUUCAGAACAAUCUCGAGGAACUUUUCCAUCUCCUGAAUUUCCUCUGUCGAGACAAGUUCAACGAUUUGUCUGCUUUCCAAAAUGAAUUUGCAGAUAUUUCGAAAGAGGAGCAGGUGAAAAAACUCCAUGAGAUGUUGGGACCUCACAUGUUGAGAAGAUUGAAGGCAGAUGUAUUAAAAAAUAUGCCCAGCAAAUCGGAAUUCAUUGUUCGUGUCGAGCUCUCUCCAAUGCAGAAGAAAUACUAUAAAUACAUUUUAACGAGAAAUUUCGAGGCGCUUAAUCCAAAGGGUGGUGGCCAACAGGUGUCUCUCUUGAAUAUCAUGAUGGACUUGAAAAAGUGCUGUAAUCAUCCGUAUUUAUUCCCUGCUGCAUCCCAAGAGGCACCAACUGGUCCAAACGGGAAUUACGAGAGUUCAGCAUUGAUAAAAGCAGCUGGUAAACUCGUACUCUUAAGCAGGAUGCUCAAGAAAUUGAGGGAUGAUGGCCACCGAGUUCUCAUUUUCUCCCAAAUGACCAAGAUGUUGGACAUUCUCGAGGAUUAUCUCGAGGGUGAAGGCUAUAAGUAUGAGAGGAUCGAUGGUAAUAUCACCGGUACACAACGGCAAGAGGCUAUCGACAGAUUUAAUGCACCUGGUGCCCAGCAAUUUGUAUUUCUACUUUCUACUCGUGCUGGUGGUCUUGGUAUUAAUUUGGCUACAGCUGACACUGUGAUAAUCUACGAUUCCGAUUGGAAUCCUCACAAUGAUAUUCAGGCAUUCUCUCGUGCUCAUAGAAUUGGCCAGGCAAACAAGGUCAUGAUCUAUCGAUUUGUCACGAGAAAUUCAGUGGAGGAACGUGUUACUCAGGUCGCCAAACGAAAGAUGAUGUUGACGCAUCUAGUUGUGAGACCUGGAAUGGGCGGUAAAGGUGCUAACUUCAGUAAACAAGAACUAGAUGAUAUUCUGCGCUUUGGAACUGAAGAGCUGUUCAAAGAAGAGGAGGGCAAGGAGGACGAGGCAAUCCAUUAUGACGAUAAAGCCGUAGCUGAACUCUUGGAUCGCAGUAAAGAGGGUAUUGAACAAAAGGAGAACUGGGCAAAUGAGUACUUAAGUUCCUUCAAAGUUGCGUCCUACGUUACCAAGGAGGGUGAGACAGAGGAGGAGGCUGAUACGGAGAUUAUCAAACAAGAAGCUGAGAACACAGAUCCAGCUUACUGGAUAAAACUUCUCAGGCAUCACUACGAGCAGCAGCAGGAGGAUAUCGCGAGAACUCUUGGCAAGGGUAAACGUGUCCGUAAACAGGUGAAUUACAACGAUGGAGGUGUCACUGGAGACCAGGGUGCGCGUGACGAUCAGCCCUGGCAGGAGAAUCUCUCUGACUACAACAGUGACUUCAGUGCACCGAGUGAUGAUGAUAAGGAGGAUGAUGACUUUGAUGAGAAGGGCGAUGGGGACCUGCUCUCCAGGAGGAGUAGACGACGAUUGGAGAGGCGUGAUGAGAAGGACAGACCAUUGCCACCCCUGCUUGCUAGAGUUAACGGCAAUAUUGAGGUUCUUGGUUUUAAUGCGAGACAACGAAAGGCCUUCCUCAACGCCAUAAUGCGUUAUGGGAUGCCACCUCAAGAUGCGUUCAAUUCUCAAUGUAGGUUGGUGCGAGACCUAAGGGGCAAAUCGGAAAAGAACUUCAAGGCCUACGUCUCCCUCUUCAUGAGACAUCUGUGUGAGCCAGGUGCUGACAAUGCAGAAACAUUCGCCGAUGGUGUACCCCGAGAGGGACUCAGUCGUCAACAUGUGUUGACAAGAAUUGGUGUAAUGUCCCUAAUUCGUAAGAAAGUCCAGGAGUUUGAACACAUCAAUGGCUAUUACUCAAUGCCUGAGAUGAUUAGAAAACCAGUGGAGCCAGUCAAGUCAGAGGGUACAGCUGUUGGUGUAACCGCAACUCCAGGUGCUGCAACAACAGCCGCCCCCGAGAACGCAACGUCGACAAUCACGAGUACCAGUACAACAGCAACAACAUCCAGUACUCCAAGUCCAACCUCGACAGGGGCACCCACAAGCACAUCUCCAUCCAUGAGUACCAGCACAAGCUCCUCAGCCCCGACCCCAGCGGCAGUGAACUCCAGCGAUACGAAACCAUCAAUCGACGAGGAAGGAAAAGACAAAAAAGAUGAGCUCAAAGAUAAGGAACUUGGAUCAGAAAUGAAAGAACCAAAAGACGAGGCAAGAGACCUCAAAGAGACAAGUGAUACAUCCAGUGAUAAGGAGGUCAAACCGAAGGAGGAGGAUAAGAAAAAAGAUGACAAGACGGUAGAUCCGGAGGGAUCUGAGAAAGAAAAAGACCAAUCAGCAGAUGGGAAAUCCGACAAAGUUAAACCAGAGGAGAAAAAAACUGAUGGUGAAUCAAAGCCGAAGGUUGAGGCUGAGGAGGACGUGGUUAUUGUCAAGGACGACGAAGAGGAGUCUGAUAAGAAAGAGGAGAAGGACAGCAAAGAUAAGGAGACCAAGGAUACGGAAGUGGAGGUCAAACCAAAACGUAAAUUCAUGUUUAACAUUGCUGAUGGUGGUUUCACAGAACUGCACACUCUAUGGCUGAAUGAGGAGAAGGCAGCGGUGCCUGGACGAGAGUAUGAGAUAUGGCACAGAAGGCAUGACUAUUGGCUACUCGCUGGCAUUGUGACACAUGGCUACGGUCGUUGGCAGGACAUCCAGAAUGACAUAAGAUUUGCGAUAAUCAACGAGCCAUUCAAGAUGGACGUUGGCAAGGGAAAUUUCCUGGAGAUAAAGAAUAAGUUCUUGGCGAGACGUUUCAAGCUUCUCGAGCAGGCUCUGGUUAUCGAGGAACAGUUAAGACGAGCUGCUUAUUUGAAUCUCACUCAGGAUCCAAAUCAUCCAGCGAUGAGUCUGAACGCAAGAUUCGCCGAGGUUGAGUGCCUCGCUGAGUCUCACCAACACCUCAGCAAGGAGAGUCUUGCAGGCAACAAACCGGCCAAUGCAGUCCUCCACAAGGUUCUCAAUCAGCUCGAGGAACUCCUCUCGGACAUGAAAUCAGAUGUCUCUCGUUUACCUGCGACUCUUGCUCGUAUUCCACCAGUUGCACAGCGUCUUCAGAUGUCGGAGCGCUCAAUUCUCAGUCGAUUGGCUGCAACUGCUCCUGGUGGUGGCAGCAGUCAAACUGGACAAGCUGCUCUGCUUGCUCAACAAUUUCCGGCUGGUUUCUCGGGAGGUCAAUUACAAGCAACAUUCGCAGGUGCAGCCAAUUUUGGUAACUUCAGGCCACAGUAUUCCGUGCCAGGACAACCACCACAAGCUUAAAGAGUUGCAGGAGAAAUUUCUGAAUGAAAUAAUUCAAAGUAUCCGUGGCACAACCGAAAUUGACCAAAAGGAUGAUAGCAAACCAAUUAUUUGCGCGAUGUAAUUUUAUUUUUGUGAGAAUCACAAUGACUAGUUGAAUUUUCACUAGGUAAGGACCUAAGAAUAAACUGAAAAUUAAAAAUAACGAAACAACAAAAAAAAUGGAAAACGCUACAUAUAACACGUACCAAUAAACAAAAAAUCACCUUUUUCCUGUA